AUGCAGAGGCCAAAGCCACAGUUCGCCAGCUGGCUCAUAGAACAAGUGGAGACGGGCCAAUACUCUGGGCUCCACUAUAUUGAGCACAAGAAGUUUAGAGUGCCGUGGAAACACAACUCCAGGAAGGACUGCAAUGAUGACGACGGGAAAAUAUUCAAGGCGUGGGCAGUGGCCAGUGGGAAAAUCUACGAAUUCCCAGACGACAAGGCAAAGUGGAAAACCAACUUCCGCUGUGCUCUCAACAACCUCAAACGUCAAUUCAAGAUGAUACAAGACAACUCCAAGAACACGGAUGACCCUCAUAAAAUAUACGAGAUUAUAAGCACUGAGGGUCUUCAAAUGCAGAGCUCUCAGGAAGACUAUGAUUCCACGCCAGACAUCCACUACUCCCCCACAGAGGACUUUCCAUCAGGGAAUGAUCUCAAUCUACUGAACACAAUUAGGGAACUAGACAUCAGCAGCAACAUGGAAGAAAAUGGUUGGGGAAAUGGCUUCAUAUUUCAACAGACAAGUCCAGUGCUUGCAACUUAUCCGGUUUUCUCAGCUCCUGCUAAUAAUGUUGAAAUGAUACUGGAGCAGAAAUCUUACAUGGAGCCACCUCCCACUCAGUUUAAUCCACCACAGCAUCCCCCUGUUGAGCAGGUUCCACCGAUUGAGCUGGAGAUUUCUAUUUUCUACAGAGGAAGAGAGAUGCUCAAGAACAUCGUGCCCUGUCAUUUUACUCAUUCUCUCCAACUGCAUUACCCGCAGGAGUCUCGGAAGCCAAAUGUGCACCACUCAAUCUGCUUCCCUUCUCCAGACAACUUCAUAAUAGACCAAAAACAGAUUAAAUACACAAAACGCAUCCUGGAGAGCGUCCAGAGAGGCCUCACGCUGGAAGUGAAUGAGCAUGGGAUCUUUGCCUGUAGACAAGACAGGUGCCAUGUAUUUUCAAGCACCAGCGAUCCCACGGUCGCUCUCCCAUAUCCCCAGAAACUGCCCCCAGACACCAAGGUGCAGGUACUAAGCUUUGACAAGUAUUUGAAUGAACUGAAAAACUUUAAAGAAAAUAAUGGACCUUCACCAGAAUACACCAUCAACAUGUGUUUUGGUGAAAAAUUCCCAGAUGGAAAAGCUUUGGAGAGGAAACUAAUCAUUGUAAAGGUGGUCCCACUGAUCUGCCGGUGUUUCCACGAGCAAGCGCAAAGGGAAGGAGCGUCAUCUCUUCACAGCGCAAACAUCAGCCUGCAGACUUCCUAUAACAGUUUGAUGGACCUCAUCAAUGAUUUCAUGCAGACAAUGGAGGGUCAAGAAAAUAUACCCACACAAGAACAUUAUUAG